AUGAGUUACAGGGAGUUGGCCGAGGAGACGAGCUUGUCGCGAUCCAAACUGCAAGGAUCCUCAGAAGCAGAAAGCGAUAGAGCAGCACAGCUCCCUAAGGUCCUAUCGAAAGGAGAUCAAGAACGUUUAUUGUUGUCUUUGGCCACUCUGCAAGAAAAGCGCCGAAAGCAGGCGGAAGUGGAUCGCGCAGCACGACAGCCGUGUGAGUCCCCCACUUUGGCAGUUACGCCUCAGGGCGGCACUUCACCCAUUGGCAACGAAAGUGAAACUAACAAGGAGGAUGGUAAAGUUAUGGAAACCCUACGGUCGCCAGCGAUACCGGCAGAGAUUGGCCACACUUAUAGUAGCGACCAAACAGAAUCAGCACCUCAAAGCGCUUCGAAAUGA